UUGGGGACUACGCUACCCAGUUCUCUUUCGUGAUAUAAGGCUGGAACCCCGCAUUCAUGAAGAAGAUUCUCCUGCCUUUCUCACUUCCAGCCACACCCUAACUGAUUGCCUGAAAUAGCCGAAAUACAGCUAAGAACCAUUAACAACAUCUUUCAACAUGGGCGUUCCAGAUUACGUCCUCGAUCCUGAUGGUGAUGUAAUAAUCACUCUCCGCAACUUCGACGGGCCAUUCCCUCCCCUGCCAUUUGAGGAAGAGCUAAACCCCUGCGGAACCUCGGGAAAUAUAACCUGGUGGUCUAGUCUUGAUGAUGAUGCACAGCUGUCUGCCAAACGGAAAAAGGACAAAAAGAAAAAGAGGCCUAGGCGGCUGAAUGAAGAGAGAAUUGUGGAAAUCCAGCCUGUUGCACAAAAUUCUUCGACUGUUCACGAAGUGCAGCCAGAACAGGAUCCCGAACCGGAUCCCGAGGUACCUGCUGCUGACGCGACAGAAGUGAUCGAGGUAAUUGAUGCCACCAAUGUCGCAUUUCCGUUUCCAGAAGAAGUUGUUGAGAGUGAAAAGGAAGACUGCACACCACCUCCCGAACCGUGUGUACUUUUCCAAGUGUCCUCAGCUCAUCUAAGACUUGGAUCUCGCUACUUCAAGAACGCGUUAAACGGGCCUUUCAAGGAGUCACAGCCGGGCACUGAUGGAUUCCGACAUAUCGACGCGGAGGGUUUUGAUACUUAUGCGUUUUUGACAGUAAUGAGGAUACUUCAUGGUCAGAACCGCGAAGUCCCUAGAAACGUCAAGUUGGAGAUGCUAGCAAAGGUUGCUACAGUCGUCGACUACUACGAAUGCGACGAAGUACUUGAACCAUUCACUGAGAUAUGGUACCCUCAAUUUGGGGGGUUACCAGCCCCUGAAACCGUUGAUAAAAAUCUCAUCAUGCUUCUUUUCGUUUCUUGGGUUUUUAAGUGGUCGGAAGUAUUCAAGACCGCGACGAAGAUAGCCCGAAACCAAAGUAAAGGACCACUGAGUACUAUGGGCUUGCCCAUACCAGACCGCAUCAUUUCUGUUAUCGAUCACCAGAGACGAGAUACACUUCACGCUAUCAGUAACGCGCUCAAGAGUCUGCUUGAUCGCUUUCGUCAAGAACAGCCCCAUUGUUCCGAAGCGUGCUCUUCAAUGUCGCUCGGUUCUCUUGAGAGGCAAUUGAUGUAUCAAAAGGGCCUUCAGUUCCAUCCAUCUUCAAGUAGAUCUUUGGCAGGUUAUAGCGUGGCAUUUGCGAUAAAAGCUGUUCAGGGACUCAAAACCCCCAGUUGGAGAGAUGGGUCUUAUCUUCAUAGCUGCAGCUCCAGCCUUGAGUCACUUUUGAAAGGGCUGAUGGUUAACAUCAAAGAAUACGAAGGCUUUGACUUGGAGUAUUUCGAGUAUGGAGGCAAAAAGAGACAGCCAUUUACGUUCAGGUCACCGCUAGAUUCUACACCAAGUAACUCAGCAACACAUCCGGGCUCUAUCAUGGUAUGGUGAUGGGGGUGCUCGGCGGCUGGGGAUUAGCCAUGAUAUAAUUUUUCCUUAUGCAUCAAUGCUCAACGACGGGUUUCACAUCCUCAAUUAGGUAGAAUGAGAAAUAAGAACUAAAAUUGAAGGAUUUUCAGGUUUAUUGGCAUUGGAAGCCUUCAUCUUCCACAGCCGCGUCCAAUACCCUAUCGUACAUUGUCUUUACA